AUGGCGAGCGAUUUAUUCUGUGAAAUUUGCAACACUUUCUUCCAGCGUCAAGAACACUACCAACGACAUCUUCGAACCCACACGAAGGAAAAGCCUUUUACAUGUUCCGAGUGUAAUCAGGCUUUUGGCCGAGUUGAUUCUCUGUUUCGCCAUCAUACCACUGUCCAUGGGGGCAAUGCCGUUGCAGAUCCCUCAAAGCGUCAGAAUGAGCGCCGUCGAGUCGCACAGGCCUGUAAAUCUUGCGGUGCGACAAAGGUCCGCUGUGAUGGAGAACGCCCUUGUCAACGCUGUGUCCGACAAAACCUGGAUUGUUACUAUGGAACCUCGUCCAAACGCAAGCAGUCUACUUCCAACAAUGGCUCCCACGACGCCGCCAGCAGCAACAGCAACAACAACAAUAACGACAUCGAUAAUCACAGCGCAAGUAGCAAAACUCAGAUCCCGAGUCAGAUCUUGAAACGAGCCAGAAGCAAUGAUGGGCAGACCACGCCGGCAGUCUCCGUCUCAAGUAUGCAGUCCAUGCAAGUCGACAAUCUCCAGCAACCCCCAACCACUGCCGUUGAGCUUUCUUCCUAUGAUCCAUCAGUACAGCAGCAUCUCAGUGUAUCCAACGAGAAUCUUCUUUUCACCACAGCCACGCUCCCAGUCGUGGAAUCAAACAGUCGUCCUCCAGACCCAGACGUCUCUUCCAGCGGUGGCCCUGUCCCUAUGGAUCUCAACCACUGGGAUGGUACAAUUCCCUUACCAAACUUGGGCUUUGAUGACAGUCUAAGCGUCGAUGACUGGCUGAAUUUUGAUGUUAACACAAAUGCAUUGCUCCCGCUUCUGCCCCAGGACUCGGCCUUCGAAGCUUACAGCAACGUGUGGUUAGCUUCGUUUGAGUCCAAGUCAUUGCCGCCACUUUUUGCCGAACCAAUGGAGCCUUCCCCAAUAGCUCGAUUCUACAGUCGGGCUCAUUCUCCAGAGAUGGACCAGGACAGUGUCGGCCCCCGUGAGUAUCGCCCCACCUCUAUCGAGGUUGACGCGCCUUUGGUUUUCCCCAACAUGGAAGACCUUCCUAUGAGUGAAAUAGAUGCCGAGAAUUUGGCACAUGUCGAAGAGAUUACCCCAGAGAUCGUGAACAGUAUCACGGGAUACACGAAUAAGCUAGAGCGCAAUGGGCCCUACCCGCCAUUUCUUGAAAUGCGUAUUCCUCAGAGGCCGGUCCUCAAUUCUUGGGUCCAGCUUUAUUUCGAGCACUUUCAUCCGAUCUUCCCAAUGCUUCAUAAGCCUUCGUUUCAAAGCACCAAUACGCACUGGCUCCUCUUCUUCGCCGUCGCAGCUAUUGGUGCACAUUACUCCAACCUCAAGGGUGCGCAGCAGUGUGCCAGAGCAAUGCACGAACUCGUCCGCCGGCAAGCAGCUAGUCUGUGUGAGCAAUACAAUCACUACGGACGAGCACUAUUCAUGAUACAAACGAACCUACUCAAUCAUAUCGGUUUCAUAUACUCGGGAGAGCGUAGAGCUUUGGAGAUAGCCGAGUUUCUGCAAGCGCUUCCGCCAACUCUUGCACGGAGGAAAGGUCUCUUUACUAACCGUCUCUCCUACCAGAAAAUCAUGGAGUUAGAUUUAACCCUGAGCCAAAAGUGGCAAGUUUGGGCCUUGGAUGAAGAAAGGAGGCGAACAGGCUUUGCUGUCUGGCUGCUGGAUUCCCAGUUCGAUCACAGCUUCGAUCUUACUCGACUCAUGAAAGUAGAAGAAUUGCAGAUGUCAUUGCCUCAAUCUGAGGAGCGAUGGGGUGCCUCUUCUGCACAGAGCUGGGCAAGUUGCUCUCUGGGAACUGCUCAAAUCCAAGACUGCGGCUUGGAGGAAGUCAUUCGCAACGACAGUUGGAGACCAACGUGGAAAUCAACAGGUUCCAUUGGAAAACAAGUCCUGCUCCAGCAACUCAUCGACGUCAUGAACAGCCAAAGCGGUCAUCCCGGCGCCCCAAGUUUCUCGCAGCCUCAGAAGCACAAGGCCGAGGAAACUCUGCUUGGACUGCUGACGAUUACCGAGGAUGAGGAUUCAAACGAGCAUUUCUCGGAACUCAAGGCCUCCAUAGCACAUCGGCUUAUGAUUGCUACAGCCCUCACCAUACGUAAAUCUCCUACUCGCAAAAUCGCCGCCGUGGCGUUGAAGACAAUCUAUGGCCGUAUGGAAGACCCGGCUUGGAACGCAUUGGCGUCGCAAUGGAAGAACGCGGCAGACCAGGCAAGAUUGUCUGUUUACUGGGCCGCUCGGUCAUUACACAUAGUACGGUCGAGUAGGUGCACGCAUUUUGCGACACCUGACUCGCUCCUGAAGGCAGUGCUGGUUCUUUGGCUCUAUGCCCUGCUCAGCGAGCGUUUCGAAGACCGUUUCAAGGUACCCACAGGACCUGCUGUAAUUCUGGGCUCGAAGAGUCUGCAGGAUAUGGACUCUCUGGAUUGGAUCUCAGCUGGGUGGUCUGGAGUCAAACUACCUGGCAUAGGCAAUCUUUUGUGUCCGGAAGGCAGGUACAGGUUGCUCGACGAAUCCAUUGGACUGAUGCGAUCACUGAAAAGCUGGGCCAUCAGCGCCAGCUAUUCACAGCUACUUGUUCGUCUACGAGCAACUGAACGGUCUGCGCCUGCCAGUCGGAUGAAUGACAUCUCAGCUCCUCCUUAG